AUGGGGAAUCCAACAAAAAGAUUAGAUAACAUGGCAAUCAUUGGACCAUUUUCUAAUAGCGUCAAAGAGAUUUAUGGAGAUUAUGGGCCCCCAAAAUUAGAUGAAUAUGAAGUUCCAUUAAGUAAAGAAAGUGUUUUUAUCUCUUCAUCCACCAUCACAGGUCUUAGGAAUCUGGCCAAAAAUCUGACUAGUCUGAAUCUAUGUGCAGACGGAGGCCGUUGUUCAAAAUGGAACAAGAGCCAACUUGUUGAUCUACUCGCCUCUUCUCAACUUGAUUUGAUCAUUCUAACUCUGGGAACCGGAGAAAACGUAGUAGGUGAGAAUCGCGACCUCCACAACUACGACCUACCAGGUAGGCAAGGCGACAUCUUGAAGGAGCUAUUGCGCCUAAAUGCGAUGCGACCCCGCGGACCGGUACCAAUAUUUCUAUUGGUAUUCACAGCAGGCCCAAUAGAUAUCCAGACCGCGGUUAACAGUGAACAAGUUACGGCGAUCUUUUGGGCUGGAUUUCCCGGCCCAUUGAUAGGCGAGGCUUUCUACUCGCUCUUGACCGGAGUUUCGGGUGAAGGUCUGGGAUCUAUGCGCGCCUUUUCGUCUGAGGAGGAUGAACCAGGUGUCGAAAGCCGCUGGUGGAUUCCCGCCGGUCGUCUUCCCUUCACCUGGUAUGCAGACGUCACUAAUUUGGCCGGGAUCCAGGAGUAUACUAUGACCAAUCAGACCUACCGUUACUUGCCAAAGUCUACAUGCCUGCUGGCGGGGGACAAAGGGAACAGGUCGACUGUCUGCAAAGACCCGAUUCCGGUGGCUUUUCCUUUCGGCCAUGGUCUUUCAUACAACGUUUACUGCAACAAAGGAAAUGUCGAGGCUUCCGGAUUCACGUAUUCUCUUCUCGUAUUGCCAAAAAGAGGGCUUAUUCGUUUGGGGCAAUCUUUUGUUGCCUCGGUCGUAGUGACUAACAGUGGUAUGAUGGCGGCAGACGAGGUGGUGCAGGUAUGCUUUUCAUUUAUUCAGCAUACCUAG